AUGUCUCUAGCACAGCGCCGCACGAUCCUCGAUGAUAUUCACACCCUCCCCUCGCCCUUCUUUGAGGAUGAGUCCCGCGAUGACGGGACAACGGCGGACGAAGACUCUCAUUCCCUGCCCAUCAGUAGCACACAGAGGGAGUCUGUGAUCAGCCACAGGGCGAGCAUCGUUGGUAUUCCCGUGGAGGAUGGCAAGGAGGUCUGGCAGGCGCUCAGCUACGACGCUUUUCACGCGCCGCCCCAGGACCUGGCAGAACUUCAACAAUUUGAAUCCGUCCCACCCGAGACCGGGGAGAACGUCGCAGCAUAUGAAGUGUCCACUGCCAGGAGGAUAUGUCAAGUCGCAUUCGCCGUGACAGCAUGCGUCCUGGCCUCGGGUAUAGUCUGCGGCUUCGCAGCACUCAAACCGAUCCUGAUCGCCGAGGGCGUCUACCGCUCGCUCUGCCCGGUAGACUGGCCGGCGCCGUCACCAGGACUGGACGGCGAGGCCCAGAUCCCAUGCCCAGCGCAGGACAUGCGCCUGAACCUCUUCUUCAUCACCGCCUCCAUCACCCUCAACGUCGCCACCGUGCUGGCGGGCUAUGUCCUCGACCACCACGGCCGGCGGGCAUGCUAUCUCCUGGCGGCGGCGAUCCUGUUCCUCGGCUCCGGGUGCAUGAGCCUCGCCUUCUACCUUGGCGAGGAGAGCCGGGUGCUGGCCUGGUUCGACGGGUACAUCACAGGCAACCUCCUCCUCGGCCUCGGCGGCACAUUCCUCUUCGUCUCGUCCUACCAGCUGUCCAACGCCUUCCCGCGCCGCGCAGGGCUCGUCGUGGCCCUCGUCACAGGCGCCUUUGACGCCAGCGCCGCCGUCUUCCUCUUCUACCGGCUGGCCUAUGAGGCCACCCAGCACCGCUUCCGGCCCGCCAUCUUCUUCCUCGCCUUCGCCCUGACCAUCCCACCGCUUCUCUGCGCCGCCGAGCUGACCCUCAUGCCGCGCGCAGCCUACAGCACGCGCCGUGAAUACCAGGCCGCCCUCGCCGCUGCCCAGGACCCCACGCAGGACGAGCGCGACUCGGACGACGAGCGAUUCGCGCACGAGCCGGCGGGGGCGCUGGGGCGGGAGCGGAGGCGGCGGGCGGACGAGCGCGAGGCGCGCAUGGAGGCGCUCGAGGCAGUGGCUGGGAACGCCGAUGAGCGGGCGGCGGACAUGGCGGCGGCGAGAGGCCGGCAGGAGGCGUCGGGCGUGCACGGGAUCCUGCAGCAGCAGCAGAAGCAGCAGAAGCAGCAGAAGCAGCAGGCGACGGUGGUAGCCGCGCAGAUGGCGACGCCGUGGUUCUGGCUACUCCUGCUGAUGACGGCCACGCAGAUGACGCGCAUGAACUACUUCAUUGCCACGGUGCGGGCGCAGUACCGGUAUAUGUUGAGUGGGGACGAGGACGCCGCGGGGGCCGUGAAUGGGCUCUUUGAUGCUGCACUGCCGGUUGCUGGUGUGCUCACCACGCCCUUCAUUGGCGUCUUGUUGAACGAGAUGCCUGUCUGGGCUACGCUGGCUGUGCUGACGGUGCUGACGGCGGUGCUGGGGAUUCUGAACUGUGUGAGCGGUAGCUUGGAUGCGGCGUAUGCAACGGUGAUUAUGUUUGUGCUUUAUCGACCACUGUAUUACUCUGCUGUUUCAGACUACGCCACCAAAGUCUUCGGCUUCGCCACCUUUGGUCGCAUCUACGGCACCGUCAUUUGCGCGUCUGGCGCAGGUCAGUUCAUACAGCCUGCCCUGGACGCCCUCACCCACGGUCCACUGCACAACAACCCCGUCCCUGUCAACAUCGUGUUUGGCGUUACGGGGACAGUGCUGAGUGCUGCGCUCACGUUAUUCGUGUAUGUCAAGACAAGGGAAAAUAAGGAGAGAAGAAAACAGCAGCAGCACGAGGGAGAGGAGGAUGGAGAAAGGCGAGCGCUUUUGAGCGAGAGGGGGCAGGGCAGUUAUGGUGGUGUUAGGAGUUGA